AUGAAAUCCUCCAAAGAAUACAAGAAGCAGAGGCCUGAAGAACAGAGCAGAUGCAGGGCCUUGUGUUGCAGUUGCAGGGUUAGCGUCUCUUCUUCUGAGGAAGCAGAGAGCUCUAACUCCGAUCGUUUCCCAUCCGUGUCGAGCCUAGCACAUGCAAUGGUUCAAGAAAAGCUGGAUCAGAUGAUCAAAGAGAGGCAGGAGGCAAGGCGUAGAGAGAAAAGAAAGCAAAGAAGUCAUGGUGGGACUAAGUUCAUUGUGAUGGUGGCGAUGGAGAAGUGUUCAUAUGAUCCGACAGAGGAUUUUAGAGAGUCCAUGGUUGAGAUGAUCAUGGCAAACCGGAUUGAAGAUCCAAAGGAUCUUCGUAGUCUAUUGAAUUACUAUUUGUCAGUGAACUCUGAGGAGCAUCAUAGAAUUAUUUUAGAAGUUUUUCAUGAAGUUUGCAGCAAUUUGUUCCUCUGUUGUAAAUGCCAUUGA